CGCGGCAAGAGCGUCCCCACCCGCCUCCCAACGCACUACCCGGUGGACGUCGUCGUCGUAGCGCUCGACUCAGUAGUAAUUGUUGCGCAAGUAGCCGCGAUAACAUGGCGAGGUCCAAAGUGAACAAGCUGGGGGACCUGCUGAAACAGACGCUCGGACGCGACGUCGACGUCGUCCGCGACGAGACGUCGCUCCUGACCGCACCCGGGGAACACUACGGUAGCGUCAUGCUAGCGCUGAAGGUUAAGAUAAAACGAAAAUCUCGAGAGGAGGACCUGGACCUCGUCGCCAAACUGAUACCCGCCAACGAGAUGCUGCGCGUCGCGUUCGAUAUACCGGUGACGUUCAAAAAGGAAGUGUUCGCUUAUACGGAGAUGAUUCCGGCUCUGGUGCAGCUUCAAAAAGAGCACGGGGUGCCGGAGAGCUUGUAUCAGGACAGGCUCUUUCCCAGGUGUUACGGCGCGAGGCUAAACCUGGACGAGAACAAGAACGACGUCAACGAAGACGCCGUUCUUUUGUUCGAGAACCUGAAGGUGCAGGGAUACUUCACCGAGGACCGAUUGGUAGGUUUCGAUGAACACGCGACCCGCGUUAUCCUCAAAGACCUGGCGAGGUUCCACGCGGUACCGAUAGCCCUCAAACUAUUGAAACCGGCGGAGUUCGAAGAGAAGGUGAGGCCCUGUACCGUCUUUAACAAGGGCCUGGAGCAGUUGCCCGCCGAGGUUGGCCUCGCUUUCCACAACUCCAUCAUGGAAGGGGCCAAGGAUAUCCCCGACCUCGAGCCCUACCUACAGCGGCUUCAGCGCGUCGUAGAUGACGCCCUGGUCAGGCCCUAUGUGCAGAGGCACAGUCCGAACGAGCCCUGGGGCACGGUGACCCACGCGGACUUUUGGGUGAGCAACACGAUGGUGCUGAAAGACAAGUCCGGUCGUACCGUGAGCAACAAGAUAGUGGACCUUCAACUGAUGCGGUACUGGUCGUGCUGUUGCGAUUUGGUUUUUUUCCUCUUCACCAGCGUGGUGAACGACGUGCUGGAGGAACGCUUCGAGGAGUUCCUGAAGCUCUAUCACGAGACGUUCUUAGAUACCUUGAGGUACUUCGGGGUGGACAUGGACUUAUUCGGCUGGGACCGGUUCGUGGCGGAACUCGACGAGGUCGCGCCCACGGAGGUAUAUCACGUCUUGGUGAUGCUCAAACCGAUCUGUACAGAGCGGGGCAAGGUCACCAAUACCGCGGAGGAGUUCCAGGACUCCGACUGGAGCAGGAAAGAUUUGCUGGGUCCCAACCAUCGCAGGAAACUGAGGGAUACGGUUUUGGGGCUCGUGAAGCGCGGCUGGAUAUGAAAUCGAAUCGGAAUAAACAAUAAGCGGUUGUUUGUGCGUUUGCGACUUGUAUAAUAACAAUAAUAAAUUCUUUUAUCUAGGUUAUACCGCCGAGAGUGUUUAUUUCCGCGUUUUGCACAAAAAAAAUAUUGUUUAUAUUGUUAUUGAAAUGUUACGGCGGCGAAACGUUGGCCAUUUACGUUACGAUAAUAAAAACGGCGAGAAAAAAUUGCGAAAAGGAAAGGUAUACGACGGAGGACCGCAGGUGAGAAAGUAUUUUACGGAAGCGAAUUAAGCGGAAAGAAAUGGCAAAAAAUAAAUGGCUUUUCUUAAGCGUCGAAAAAACGAUCCGCAACAGCAGUGUGGGCGUCGCGUUCGGCUAAAACAUAAAAACGAGAACUUUGAUAAAUGUCACUUUAAUCACGAGUUUGACUUGGCAGCAGUUUUUUCAAGAUUUUGAACGUGUUGCACACGGCCAUUAAUUUUUUAGUGGAUUUUUGCAAACAUCACGAAUACAUUCACCGAGUGAUGUGUGACGUGGCCAUCAGAGCUGACAAACGUCAAAAUACAAAAAUAAAUUACUCUGGAACCAACUCAACGCACGCUAGAUCAGUUUAUUGGGAAUUUUGCGUUUAGACUGCAAUAUUUACCACAAGCCCAAACUAAUGUUAUUGUUAUAUUACAGUAAUAAAUUUAAAAAAGGAACAUUUUA